UGAUAGCCACGUCCUAGUAUUUAGGGACAAGGUGCGGCUCCAAAAAUUGGCCAUAUUCAUAAAAAAAUACAAUGGGAAUAAAUGAGUGAUAAUUAAUUUUCAAAAUAAACAAUUCAAGUACUUAGAGCAACAAUGAAGGAAUAUAUGAAACAAAAUAAUUGACGAUUGAUGCAAAGAUGAGUAACAUUUUGGCACAACGUCUGAGUAAUCGAAAGCUGCUGGUGGACUUGCUGGCAGUGAUGUUUGGAAUUGGCGCAUGGAUUGGGGUCAAUGGAAUUUAUGUACAACUGCCACUAUUGGUUAAUACGGCGCCAGAAAAAUGGAGUUUACCUGCCCAUAUGGUUAUGCUGGUACAAUUUGCCAAUUUGGGGCCAAUAAUUUAUACUUUGUUUAGCAAAUAUUCAUCAUGGACCAGAGAUCACUACAUUAUCUAUGGUCUUUUGGGGAUAGCGACCUUUGCCAUCUACCUAAUGGCAUUAACUUAUAAAGAGACCUCAAUAAUCUUCAAUUCUGAGCACUCAACAGCUCUUCUGGGUCUGAUGUUUCUUACAGCAGUAGUGGGCUGCACAUCGUCAGUCCUCUUCAUGCCGUAUAUGCGCAUUUACCGAGAAAUCUAUCUAGUCUCCUAUUUGGUAGGGGAGGGUCUGAGUGGCUUCAUACCUAGCGCAGUGGCAUUAAUGCAAGGGGUGGGUGGUAAUCCGGAGUGUAGAAACAUUACAAAACCAGACUCGUCGAUCCACAUAUUCGAGCCCUUCUACCCAGAGCCAAGAUUUUCCCUCGAGGUUUUCUUCAUUUUUUUGGGAAUAAUGUUGACAAUCAGUCUCAUCUCUUUCAUUGGACUCAACAAGUUGCCGACAGCACGUGGGGAAUUGGUGAAGCCCCCGGGCAGUGCGGAGACACAGCCAAGGGACUUAAAUGCACCUCCUAGCUAUAAAACGACUAGCGACUGGACAAUGCCCACAAGAACGUACUGUUAUCUCCUAACUAUAAUGGGAAUCAUUUGCUUCUUGGGACAUAGCACACUGCCCAGCAUACAAUCCUACUCGUGUCUGCCUUACGGCAAUGUCGCUUACCAUCUAACAGUAACACUGGCUUCCAUGGCCACGCCCUUGUCCAUGGCCAUGGGCUUUAUUCAAAAGGAUCCCUUGUCCUUAAAAGCUUUAACAACCCUCACUGCAGGAAUUCUGCUACUCUCCGCAGUGGUGUUGUUCAUUGCUGUUCAGUCACCAUCACCUCCCCUUCAAGGGUCCUGGGGGGGAGAAUUAUUGAUUAUUCUAUUGUGGAUAGUUGUCAAUGGUUUGAUUGGAUUUGUCAAAAUGGCAAUUACCACUAUUUUUAGGCCUGAUCCUGGCAGGGGAUUAUAUUACAUUGGAGUAGCUACGCAAGUUGGAUCACUUGCGGGGGCUAUUAUGACUUUCACAUUGGUUAACUAUGUCGGCGUGUUCAAGUCAUUUUCACCUUGUGAUGCGUUCAUCAAGCACUAAUUAGGUUAAAAUUUGGCUAUUGAUUCGGAAAACUUAUCCGAGGAUAGACUCUUCGGAAUUUUAUAUAUAAUAAUACCUCUAAUAGGGUGAUUCCAAUUUUAUUGAUUUCAUUCCGAAUGUUUUAAGUGCGAAAACUUUUAUCAAAAAACACAGGGGGGGAGGGUUAAUAGUUAUCAAAGUCGACUGGGGGAGAGUUAAACGUAUUGUAUAUAUUGAAUGACUGUAUUGUAUUGAAUAAAGGAAAACCAUUGAUACUAGUUUUUAAAUUUUGUAAAUAUUGUAUAUAUUAACUAAUGUAUUGUAUUGAAUAAAAAUAACUUGGUU